UGGCGCCUGGUCUGUUUCGUUGAUUGUUCGAGAGUUUUAGUGAAUACAAGUUUGAAGAAACAUUGACAGAGUUUAAAGAAAUCAUCGUCCAGUCGGAGGAAGAGAUGGAUGAUCAGCGCAGACUGCUUGAUUUCUCCCGGACUCCCCAGAUCAUCUUACACCGAAUAGAUUUCCUGCAAUGUCACAUUUAUAACCAGAAGGAGUUAGAACCUCUGCAGGUGAAACAGGAACAGGAAGAGCCAGAAGAUCAUCAGAUAAAAGAAGAGCAGAAUGAUCUACAACAUCAUGAGAUAAAAGAAGAACAGGAGGAUCUAGAACAUCAUCAGAUAAAAGAAGAACAGGAGGAUCUAGAACACCUGCACAUAAAAGUGGAAGAGAAAGAAGUUUACUGCAGUCAGGGUGAAGAACUGAUUGAAUUAAAACAGGAGACUGAUACCUGCAUGGUGGUUCCUGUUGAUGAGCAAACAUACCAAACUGAAUCAGAACCAAAUGGGAAUCAAGACAUCUUAGAAAAGCCUGAUGAAACUGAGAACCAAUAUCAAGAAAGAAAAAAAUUAUUAAGUGUGACUAGUGGAAAGAGGUUUUAUCAAAACCAGAAUUUAACUCAGCACAUGAGGAUUCACACUGGUGAAAAGCCUCAUUCAUGUGUGACCUGUGGAAAAAGUUUUAGUUGUAAUCAGAAUUUAACUAAGCACAUGAAGAUUCACACUGGUGGAAAGCCGUUUUCAUGCGUGAACUGUGGACAAAGUUUUCGUCACAAAGUUAGCUUGACUCACCACAUGAUGAAUCACACUGGUGAAAAGCCGUUUUCAUGUGGGACCUGUGGAAAAAGUUUUUGUCACAAAAUUAGUUUAACUCACCACAUGAUGAAUCACACUGGUGAAAAGCCGUUUUCAUGUGUGAACUGUGGAAAAAGUUUUAGUCUAAAACAGGUUUUAACUCGGCACAUGAGGAUUCACACUGGUGAAAAGCCGUUUUCAUGUGUGAACUGUGGUAAAAGUUUUAGUCUAAAACAGGUUUUAACUCGGCACAUGAUGAUUCACACUGGUGAAAAGCCGUUUUCAUGUGUGAACUGUGGAAAAAGUUUUAGUCAAAAACAGUCAUUAACUCAGCACAUGAGGAUUCACACUGGUGAAAAGCCUUUUUCAUGUGGGAACUGUGGAAAAAGUUUUCGUCACAAAUUUAGUUUAACUCACCACAUGAGGAUUCACACUGGUGAAAAGCUAUCAAAAGCUCAGCUCAGAGCCCUGAGGAGAGCCAGUCACCGGGACCCCACUCUGGAGCAAGGCCUGGAGGGAGUGUACGAUGGCGAGCGCCUGGUGGCCGGGCUCUUACCCAUGGAGCCCUGCUGGGCUCAGUCUGAAGAGGAGACAUGGGUCCCCCCUCCCAUGGGCCGACCACCUGUGAGAGGGGCCAGUGGGAAAAGUUUUAGUCAAAAACAGGAUUUAACUCGGCACAUGAUGAUUCACACUGGUGAAAAGCCGUUUUCAUGUGUGAACUGUGGACAAAGUUUUCGUCACAAAGUUAGCCUGACUCACCACAUGAUGAAUCACACGGGUGAAAAGCCGUUUUCAUGUGGGACCUGUGGAAAAAGCUUUAGUUAUAAACAGAAUUUAACUCACCAUAUGAUGAUACACACUGGUGAAAAGCCGUUUUCAUGUGGGACCUGUGGAAAAAGUUUUCGUCACAAAAUUAGUUUAACUCACCACAUGAUGAUUCACACUGGUGAAAAGCCGUUUUCAUGUGUGAACUGUGGAAAAAGUUUUAGUCUAAAACAGGUUUUAACUCAGCACAUGAGGAUUCACACUGGUGAAAAGCCGUUUUCAUGUGUGAACUGUGGAAAAAGUUUUAUUCAAAAGCAGAAUUUAACUCAUCACAUGAUGAUUCACACUGGUGAAAAGCCGUUUUCAUGUGUGAACUGUGGAAAAAGUUUUAGUCAUAAACAGAAUUUAACUCAGCACCUGAUGAUUCAUUCCGGUGAAAAGCCGUUCUCAUGUGUGAACUGUGGAAAAGCUUUUCGUCACAAAGUUAAUUUAACUAACCACAUGAUGAUUCACACUGGAGAUAAGCCAUAGAAGUAUUUUCCAUAAAAUACUUGAGGAUACUGUAUCCUCAACUACAGUGUAUGUUGAGGAUACUGUAUCCUCAACUACAGUGUAUGUUGAGGAUACACUGUAGAAUAGAUCUGGUUAAAAACUAGAAUGAAAGACUGGAGGGGGUUGAUGCCUAUAAAGCUGAAAUUUGUUGUAUUUGUUAAAUGUGAUCUUCAUGUUUGAUUUGUAUUAUUCUGUACAAUAGAGAGUUAACGAGGUUUACUUUUGUAGUUUUUAAAUCAAAAAUAGAAUUGAUAUCAUGGUUAAAUGUCUUUAAAAAAUAAAAAAUUGUCAUAAUUUUAUCUAUAAAGUAAAAUGAGAAUGAAACUGAUUUCAUUUUUUUCUAAUUAUUUCAACCAGUUUUUACCUAAGUGAAAUGUAUUCAAAUGAAAAAUUUUUUUUUUACUUUCAACAAAAUGCAAGAUUCACCAUAAAGUCAUUCUUAUGCAUUGAUUGCACAAAGCACAUGUGAUUAUUUUCAGUUAUUUGCUUUUUUCUAGUUUUAGAUUGACAAGACAAAGCAACUUUAUUUAUAUAGCACCUUCCAGGCAAAGACAAUUCAAAGUGCUUUUACAAGAGAGUUAAAAACAUACAUUAGCUGUAAUUAUUUGCUCUUUUCUGCUGCAGCUGUUAGAUUAUUGUCUCUUUAUGUUUA